AUGAUUUCUAAAGAAGAUUGUGUUUUCUUUGAAUUAUGCCCUUUUCAGAUUUUGAAAUAUUUAAUAAUUCACUGGAAGUGUGAAACAGCAAAGGGAGCAUUGCUAGAAGGACAGCUAGUGAUUUCCAUAGAAGCAUUAAAUUCUAAGCAACAGGAAAAUACUCUUCAUUGUGUAACAACUAUUGCUUCUGCAGGAAGCAUUUAUGGUGGUUUGGUCUACAGGAACUUCCUAAAAGAAAUGCAAUCUAUACUGCCUGGAUCCUCUGCAAAACUGAAUUGGACUUCAGAGGAAGUCAGCUAUUCUCAGGACAUUUCAAGGGUAACACCUUUCCAGAUGACUUUUGAGGUUGAUGAAAAGCCUAGAACUUUGAUGACAGAUAGUCUGGUUAUAAAGAAUUUUUUACGCAAAAUUGUCAUGGUGCACCCUAAGAUUAGAUUUAAUUUCAGUGUAAAGGUGAAUGGUAUCCUCUCCACGGAAAUCUUUGAGGCAGAGAAUGAACCUACUUUGAACCUGUCGAAUGGAAUUGCUCUUGUCGUAAACUAUCAGCAUUAUAUGAGACCGAAAGUAGGUACAACUCAAUUACUCUGCAGCAGAAUCCAUCCUGUACUAGGACAUCCAGUAAUGCUUUUCAUCCCCAAUGACGUGGCUGGCGUGGACUUGUUGGGAGAGCUGAUACUGACUCCAGCUGCUGCUGUGUGUCCCUGCCCGAAGGUCUCAUCCAACCAGCUGAUGAAUAGGAUUUCUUCAGUUUCCAUAUUUCUAUAUGGACCUUCGGGUCUGCCUCUGAUAUUGCCAAGCCAGGAACAGUCAAUUACUACUGUCUUCAAAGAUACCUCUUAUUUCAUUGACUGGAAGAAGUACCACUUGUGUAUGGUGCCCAAUUUGGAUCUCAAUUUGGAUAGAGAUAUGGUGCUUCCAGAUGUGAGUUAUCAGGUGGAAUCCAGUGAGGGGGAUCAGUCUCAAAAUAUGGACCUUCAGGAACAAACUUUGCUGCUUAUUCUCUUUGUGGAUUUCCAUAGCCAGUGUCCAGUCCAGCAAAUGGAACUCUGGGGAAUUCACACUUUGCUCACAGCUCAUCUCAGUACCAUCCUCCAAGAGAGCCACAGCGUGGUGCAAGAUUCCAUCCAGUUUGCUGUGGACCAGGCCUUGGAGCAACAUCAUCAGGUUGCCAAGGUUCAUCAGAAAUUCCAGACCUCACUCUCUGUGGCUGUGAAUUCCAUCAUGAGUAUUGUGACUGGCAGCACCAGCUGCAGCUUCCGAAAGAUCUGCCUUCAGGCCCUUCAAGCAGCUGACACACAGGAGUUUGGGACCAAACUGCACAAAUCAUUUUAUGAGGUCACCCAGCAGCGAGUUCUUCACCACUGCUCUUGUGAGGUGAAGCAGCAACUGCACCCAGAGAAAAAUGAUACAGAGGAGAGCACAGAGGAUGCACAUGAGAACAGCAGCCUGGAGCUCCAUGCAGGGACCAGCGGGCUAGGAGCCAACAAGAAGCUUAAGAAGGGCAGCCUCCACCAGGUCGUGGAGGGAACAUGGGCUUUCCACUCUGCCAGGGCCCCGAGUCCGUCAGAGGCUCCUCUGCGCCGUGGGGAGCCCCCCGCGGCCUCCGUGACUCCUAGCGGAAGCAGGGCGGACCCCGGGAACGGCCCGGAGGACGCACUGUGGCUGCAGGAAGUCUCCAAUCUGUCCGAGUGGCUGACUCCCAGCCCCUGAGCCAAGCCCUCUCCCCCGCGUCUCCGCAUCAGCUUGGAAGACGUGGAGGACACGUGUAGUCUGUUGUUCAAUAAACCUGCUCCGUGA